AUAUUAAUCAAGCACAUUGAUUUAAAAAAACCGCACUUAAAUUAAAUGUUCUUUUUGUAUUCAAAUACAUUAUUAAGUCUGGGUUAAUUGAUGGACUGUAAUAGAGUGAAAACAAUUUCAAUAAACAGUUCUGGAGACAAUGUUAACAACUGACGUUCUGCAAUUCACACACGCGUGAACUCUUUUGCACAACCUUGAAAUCAUUUUGCUACAUUAACACAGCGCUUUGUUUUGCCGGCAAAAAUGGAGAUACCAGACGUAGCAGCAAGUAAAGAAGCUGAGGCGAGCAUUGAUCUGUUGGCCAUAGUGCUGGACACGAAUCCAUCACAGCAGAUUGUACGCCAAAAUCCACAAAAUCUAACACAGAUUCUGGAGGCUGUCAUCGCCUUUGGCAAUGCGCAUCUCAUGCAGAAGGCACAAAAUAAAUUGGCUGUUCUAUCCUGUUCGCAUUACACCACUGAGUUUCUAUUCCCCUUGCCGGGUAGGCAUGUUGAGCUGCGUCAAAUAGACGGCCAAUACGAGGCGUUUAGUUUGGUGGAGAAGACGGUGAAACAACAGCUGGGCAGCAUACUUAUGAAUGCGCCGCGAUUGAGCGCUCCCUGCGAAAGUUUACUGGCUGGCAGCAUGUCCAUGGCCUUGUGCUACAUAUCUCGACUUCAACGAAACGUUCCAGCUGGCGUGAAGAUGCACUCACGAAUUUUGGUGCUCACGGGCAGCAAUGAGUGCGCCUCUCAGUAUAUGACAUACAUGAAUGUCUUCUUUACGGCCCAAAAGUUGGGCAUUGUGGUCGACACCUGCGCUUUGGACAAGACACUCAGUCUACUGCAACAGGGCUGUGAUAUAACGAAUGGUCAGUUCCUUAAAGUUAAUCAGUUGGACGGCUUGUUGCAGUACUUGUUGUGGGUCUUCCUACCAUCACCGCAGAUGCGUCACAAGCUGGUGCUGCCCCCUACACCUAAGGUUGACUAUCGCGCCUCCUGCUUCUGCCAUCGCGAGCUCAUUGACAUUGGCUACGUUUGCUCCGUUUGCCUGUCUGUCUUUUGCAAAUACAGUCCCAUCUGUACCACAUGCCACACUAUUUUUAAGACGCCUGGACCACUGCCCGUUAAGCCCAAAAAGAAAAAGAAGACUGACAAACAAAUAUGAAAAACCUUGCUUCAACUCGGAUGCGAAACUUUUUGUAAAUGUCAAAUUAUGAAUAUGAAUAUGAAUUAUAAUUUUAUAUAUAUUGUAAG